CCGGCUUCGCGGGCUGGAGAGCGAGGGAGCCGCGGGCGAGGGAUCGCAGGAUGAGCGAUCGGGGCCGGGGCAGCCGGCAGCGGACUCGCCCUCCGAGCCCACCGGCCCGCGCCCCGCGGCCCCGCGGCCCCGGUCCCGGCUGCGCCGCCCGCGUCCCCCGAGCCCUGGGGGCCAUGCCCGGCCGGCCCUAAACGCGGGCCCGGGGGCGUCCCCUUGCGCCCGGGCCCCGCGCUGGCGCCCCCCGGGCCGCCGCCCGGCGCGGGGGCCAUGGCGUUCACCUUCGCCGCGUUCUGCUACAUGCUCACCCUGGUGCUGUGCGCCUCCCUCAUCUUCUUUGUCAUCUGGCACAUCAUAGCCUUUGACGAGCUGCGGACCGACUUCAAGAACCCCAUCGACCAGGGGAACCCAGCGCGGGCACGCGAGCGUUUAAAAAACAUCGAACGCAUCUGCUGCCUCCUGAGGAAGCUGGUGGUCCCAGAAUAUUCCAUCCACGGCCUCUUCUGUCUGAUGUUUCUCUGUGCAGCAGAGUGGGUGACCCUGGGCCUCAACAUCCCCCUCCUCUUCUACCACCUCUGGAGGUACUUCCACCGCCCUGCGGAUGGCUCUGAGGUCAUGUAUGAUGCAGUCUCCAUCAUGAAUGCUGACAUCCUUAACUACUGCCAGAAGGAGUCCUGGUGCAAACUCGCCUUCUACCUGCUCUCCUUCUUCUAUUACCUGUACAGUAUGGUUUAUACGUUGGUGAGUUUCUAAGGGGGAAGCCGGCCAGGGAGUGAGCCCAGAACGGACCGGACGCCUGUGCAACCCCAGCCCUGCUCCUCGGCCUCAGAGGCCUCAGCCCUCAGGAGGGAGGGGGCACUGGUGCCCCCAGCCUUCUCUCCAUCCCCCAAACUGCUGCUGCGGGGACCUCCCGCCUUCAGAGCCCCAUCGCCUUGGGCUAGGGCUGGGCAGAGCUCUAAAUAGGGGCAGGGGCUUUUCUGCCAGCCUGUGGGCAUGGCAGUCAAUCCUGGAAGGGGUGGGAUCUCCAGCCUUGUCCACUUCGGGGGAAACUUGGCCCUGCCAAGGGGCAGGGCUUGACCCUGGAAGUUCUGGGCCACCCCCUCCACCCUCACCCUGAGGCUCCCCCUGCAGGUGGGGGAGUACCCACACCGGGAAUGAGCAGGCUCAGCAGCGGGGCAGCCCCACCCCUAGUCUGCCCUCUCCCCUCCCCCAGGCUCUCUCUCCAGACCCCUCCGUGUCCCCAUUUGCCCCAACCCCAGCCCACCUUGUCUCUUGGACCUAUUUUCUAUGUUGCCUGGGGGAGUCCAGCACCCCCUCCCCGGCCAUUUGUGACAAAAUAUGAAUAAACUACUUGCAAACA